AUGGUGCAGCUGUUUAAAUUCCUGUUGAAAUCCACCAAAUCUCCCGGUCGUGCCCACUUCCGGCCCAGCUUCCUGGACACCCUGCGCCUGGCGGUUCGCGGCGGACAUGGCGGAAACGGGCUGCCCAAGUACGGAGGAGUCGGUGGCCAAGGCGGCUGCGUCUACUUGGUGGCCAAGGAGGGACUGACCCUGCGCAAGGUCGUCCAGGGAAUGAAGGACAAGCGAGUGGCGGCCUCCAGCGGCGAGGAUAGCAGCAAGGCGAGCAUUUUCGGACGACGUGGAGUCGAUCAGAGGAUUGAGGUGCCAGUGGGCGUCCAGGUGUACGACGACCGGCAAAAACUCAUCGCCGAUCUGGACGAGAACGAGGCCACCUGCAUUGUGGCGGGCGGAGGAACCGGCGGAUGCACAGCCACCAAUUUCCUGGGGCGUCCCGGCGAGAAUCGCACAGUGAAUCUGGAUCUUAAGCUCAUAGCGGAUGUGGGUCUAGUGGGAUUCCCCAAUGCCGGCAAGAGCACGCUGCUCAAGGCUGUUUCCAAUGCGAAGCCCAAGAUUGCAGCCUAUCCCUUUACCACCAUACGACCCCAGAUUGGAACCAUCGAGUACCGUGACCUGCGCUCCAUAACUGUGGCCGAUCUUCCUGGUCUCAUCGAGGGAGCCCACGCCAAUUUCGGCAUGGGCCACAAGUUCCUCAAGCACAUCGAACGCACCCGCCUGCUGCUCUUUAUGGUGGACAUUUUUGGCUUCCAGCUGAGUCCUCGGCAUCCGCAUCGCGAUUGUGUGGCCAACAUAUAUGCCCUGAACAAGGAGUUGGAGCUCUACGAUCCUGCGCUGCUGGAGAAGCCCUGUGUCCUGCUGCUGAACAAAAUGGACAAGGAGGGUGCCCACGAGAUCCUCACCAGAGUUAAGCCGUUGAUCGACAACUUGGCCAGUGGGUUGGAACAGUGUCCCGAGGAACUGCGUCCUAAACAGGUGCUGAAAUUCGAGAGCAUUGUGCCCAUAUCGGCCAUGAACUCCACAAAGGUCACGCAAGUUAAGUCGCAGCUGAGGAGGACGCUGGUGCGCCUGGCUGAGAAACAGUUUCUGGCGGAUGAGGAUCAGAUUAAGGAGCAGCUGAAGCAGCGUGUGGGCCUGGUGGGUCCCAAAAUUAACUAG